CUCUAUUACUCUCCUUUCCUCUUUCUAUCUCUUACUGUUUGUGAGUCUCCAGGACGAGCUUCAGCUCUUCCUCUCCUUUAUUACCUUGUCAGUUCUCCUUUCUCUCUCUCCCCGUCUGUCUCUUCCUCGCUUUCUUUCUCCUCUUCAAUCCCUGAUUGUUUUCUCUUCCCCUUCGUGUCUGCUCGUUCCGAUUCGGUCUCCGGUGAUGGCUAGGGUUUCGGCCGGCGUCGAACGCGAGCCUCGGCGAAGCCUCUGAUGCGGGAGAGAAGGCUCUCUUUCCGCCAAGAGAGCAGCGUGUGCGACGUAGCGGUGAUCUCGUCCUUCCCGUUCCGAGUUCCGAAGCAAGGUUCUUGGAUGUUCUUCGGUGGUGAUUUGUGGCGACUCAGAAGGGAGGAGGUUUGAAUCGGCUGAUGAAAACGGGUGGGGUUGCCUUCAGAUCGAAGUAGAUUAGGCUUUGACUGCUUGCGUGCGUGGUCCGAGCUAGUUCGCGAGGUCUCAAGGUGGCACUUUUCAAGUUGGGAGCGAGAUUGGGUUGCAUGCCUGUUUCUUGGAUUCAGGGGUUCAAGUCCCACUGUAUCGCGUGAUCUUUGAUCGUUCACGAAGUAUCUGGAGGCUGGUUUGAAGCAAAUCGGAGGCAGUUCUUGAAGGAUUUGUAAAUAUUUGAGGGUUUUUUUUUAAGAAUUUGGUUCAAUUUUUCUUUGAUUUUUUGGGGAAAAAAAAGCGGCGUUUUCUGUUAGGAAAAGUGCCCUUCCCUGGAUUUUUAACUUAUAUAAGGAUGCUUCCAUAAGCCCUAAGUCCAGCAACCAAACGCCCGUAAUAAGUUCUUGUUUUAUCCUUACCCUUAUCCUCAUUCUCGCAAUCACGGCAAGGUUUCCUAGAGAAUUUGACUGAUAUUGGAAGGAAAAGAGGGAUUUGAAGAAGGGGAAUACCCGUCUCUGGUUCCUCUAUUUGCUUUUGGUCUCGAGAGCCAUCUUAAAGAGAUGGCCACGACAAUGGCGGUGAGAAGCGGCGGGGGUGGUGGUUUGGAGAAGGAGCCCAUGGACACGGGGAAGUACGUGAGAUACACGGCAGAGCAGGUGGAAGCGCUCGAGAGGGUCUACGGUGAGUGCCCGAAGCCGAGCUCGGUGCGCCGUCAGCAGCUGAUCCGUGAGUGCCCGAUCUUGGCCAACAUUGAGCCGAAACAGAUUAAGGUCUGGUUCCAGAACCGAAGGUGUCGUGAGAAGCAAAGAAAAGAGGCUUCUCGGCUUCAGGCUGUUAAUAGAAAGUUGACUGCGAUGAAUAAGCUUUUGAUGGAGGAAAAUGAGCGCCUUCAGAAGCAGGUCACACAGCUGGUUCAUGAGAAUGCUUACAUGCGACAACAGCUACAGAAUGCGUCACUGGCUAAUGACACAAGCUGUGAAUCAGUUGUGACCACUCCCCAAAAUGCUCUAAGAGAUGCAAGUAAUCCUGCUGGACUCCUGUCCAUUGCUGAGGAGACCUUGGCAGAGUUCCUUUCAAAGGCUACAGGGACUGCUGUCGAUUGGGUCCAGAUGCCUGGGAUGAAGCCUGGUCCGGAUUCGAUUGGGAUUGUUGCUAUUUCACAUUGUACCAAUGGGGUGGCAGCACGAGUGUGUGGUCUAGUGAGUUUAGAGCCUACAAAGAUUGCAGAGAUCCUCAAAGAUCGUCCAUCAUGGUUCCGUGAUUGUCGGAGCCUUGAAGUCUUCACUAUGUUUCCUGCUGGAAAUGGAGGUACAAUUGAACUUGUGUACAUGCAGACUUAUGCUCCAACUACAUUAGCUCCUGCACGUGACUUUUGGACUCUUAGGUACACCAUAGGUUUAGAAGAUGGUAGUCUUGUGGUUUGUGAGAGAUCUUUGAGUGGUUCUGGUGGUGGCCCUCAUGCGACUGCUGCUCACCAAUUCGUAAGAGCUGAGAUGCUUCCCAGUGGAUAUUUGAUUCGGCCAUGCGAUGGCGGGGGCUCAAUUGUCCACAUAGUGGACCAUUUGGAUUUGGAGGCAUGGAACGUUCCAGAAGUACUGCGACCACUUUAUGAGUCAUCCAGGAUAGUGGCUCAGAAGAUGACUACUGCGGCACUGCGUCAUGUAAGACAAAUAGCACAGGAAAUGAAUGGCGAAGUGGUCUAUACUUUGGGUAGACAGCCUGCUGUUCUGCGAACUUUUAGCCAAAGAUUAAGCAGAGGCUUUAAUGAUGCUAUCAAUGGUUUUGUUGAUGAUGGCUGGUCACUUAUGGGUGGUGAUGGUGUGGAGGAUGUAGUAGUUGCUACUAACACAUCAAAGAAAAUCAGUGCUCAGGCCAAUUCUGCUAAUGCUUUUUCAGUGUCUGGAGGUGUCAUCUGUGCUAAGGCAUCAAUGCUACUGCAAAAUGUCCCUCCAGCUUUGCUGGUUCGGUUUCUGAGGGAGCACCGUUCCGAAUGGGCUGAUUACAAUAUAGAUGCAUAUUCUGCAGCAUCAUUGAAAACUGGCUCAUGUUCCUUUCCUGGAUUGAGGCCUCUUAGAUUUUCUGGGAGCCAAAUUAUCAUGCCUCUGGCUCACACAGUGGAGAAUGAGGAGUUUCUUGAAGUAGUUCGUCUUGAAGGCCAGGCUGUUGCUCAAGAUGAGGCUAUUUUAUCCAGGGAUGUUCAUCUCCUACAGCUUUGUAGUGGAAUCGAUGAAAAUGCUGUGGGAGCUUGCUUUCAACUUGUUUUUGCACUGAUUGAUGAACUUUUCCCAGAUGAUGCUCCACUUUUACCUUCUGGUUUCCGUGUGAUACCAUUGGAUACGAAAUCAGAAGGUUUGUCUUCUAGUCGUACAUUAGAUCUAGCAUCUAGCCUUGAAGUAGGCUCUGCCACAAAUCGCUGUGCUGGUGACACGCCCACAAUUGAUCACAACUUGCGAUCAGUGUUGACAAUUGCCUUUCAAUUUCCCUAUGAAGUGAACCUUCAAGACAGUGUUGCUGCAAUGGCCAGGCAGUAUGUUCGAAGCAUUGUCUCAUCAGUACAAAGCGUCUCCUUGGCAUUAUCUCCUUCCCGACCUGGUUUGCAUGUGGGGCAGAGGCUACUACCAGGUUCUCCAGAAGCUGUCACCGUUGCUCGGUGGAUUUGUCAGAGCUACAGUUACUACUUGGGGAUGGAGUUGCUGAGGUAUGAUGGUGAAACUGGAGAAUCCUUGCUGAAAAUGCUGUGGCAUCAUCAAGAUGCCAUUUUGUGCUGCUCUUUCAAGAUGCAACCAAUUUUCACCUUUGCGAACCAGGCAGGGCUUGAUAUGUUAGAAACAACACUGGUUGCCCUGCAAGACAUCAGUCUCGAUAAGAUUUUUGAUGAAUCUGGGCGGAAAGCUCUAUGCUCCGAGUUUGCAAAGUUGAUGGAACAGGGUUAUGCUUACCUACCGGCUGGUGUUUGCUUGUCUGGGAUGGGCCGCCAUGUUUCCUAUGAGCAAGCUAUUGCCUGGAAAGUCCCUGGUGAAGACAGCAACGUCCACUGUCUGGCUUUCUGUUUUAUGAACUGGUCUUUUAUUUAAGCAAUGUUAUCUAUUCUGCGUUUGGAGCGGCAGAUCCAGUUUUGUAAGUAUAAAGAUCCAUGUUAAUGCUAUUUUUAUUUAAAUUAGAACAGGUUCUUUUGCCUGAGCCAUUUUGCGGAUGGGCUCUGUACUGAAGGAUGAGUAAUGGAAAUGUCUUGCUUGUCAUUGAAUAAAAUGAAAGCAGUGAUGCUCUAUUAGAUCC